AGCUCUUCACCGAAAUCAUUUCCAAAACGUCAGUCGACUGCAUCAGUUGAGGAUUUUAGUCUGUGUUUGAUACGGAAAAGUUGUGCGCUAGUUCGGGAAACAGCUUACUGAGGUGUAAAAUGUUUUUGAUAACAAAGUAGCCUAUGAAGUAUAACAGAAAGCUUUGUGUAUGAGCUUUGUAUCUUGUGUGGUUGGAAAAAAUCGAAGUUUUCGUGAUAUUAGGAUUAACAGCUUCUGCCGAGUUGCUAAAACCUGGGACGCGCUUUUCAGCAUUAAAAUCUUUAGCCAACCUCAACAAAACGUUAAGAAAGAAUAAACUUAUUCGCGGUAUGCUCAAAGCCCGAUCGAUAAGCCUAAACUGAUGCAAACUACACAGCAUUUGCUUACCCUGUUCAUUCAGCUGUGUAAAGGAAGAAAAUUUUCCUUUGGUCUCGAAGCGAUCGAUAAUCAUACCUCUCCAAGCCAAACCGUACAUGUGUGAAUACGGGGAAGAUAGCAGCCGUAAGUCUCUUGAAACUCAGAAAGCACCGGCCGAGGGUAGAGCAAAUUUCCCUCUUCUUGAGACCCGCCGCCCGUGGGUGAGAGUGUGUGUUGGAAUGUCGCAAGCAACUGUCGCUGGAGGAGUGCAGUGAGUUGUCGCGAUGAACAAGUGUGCGAUGGAAAACCAUGAGACAUGAAAGGACAUCCAGGCAAGCCGGCGGACUGGGGUUACUGAGUGAGUGCCUGUAGCGAUACCACCCACCCGGGUGGAUCCGUUAUCGCUUCGAUUUAAUUAUAGUAAGCAAAAUAAAAAAGCGCGCAUCAAAAAAAAUCGCGGUGAAUUUAAUGUUCACUUGUAAAAACGUACCGUGUGUUUACAAAUAUUGCGGGCUAGAAUAAUGCAAUGGCGCGUUUUCCGGUGGCGGUGCAAUCCCGUUCUCGUGGGGAUGAACUGUUGAUGUGUGCCGACGAUGAACGAUGCCUUCGGUCGUGAGUGGAAAUAAAUUAGCAUUCUGACUCGAGUGACAACAGGGCAUGUUGUGCUGCGUCUCCUGCGAAAAUUCGUGUAUGUGUGAUUUACGAUUUUCUGACCAGCGGUAAAGGCAAAAAGGCGGUCGAACUAAUCCGGGGAGAAGGAAAAGAUGUCCGACUUGAUGAUUGCCAAUCAGAGCGAACAAUUAAGUGAAGAGCUAAAUUUCACCGCAUUCAUCGAUCUCUGUCGGUUCUGUUCGAUCAAGAGCGGGCCCCGGUUGAACAUCUUCGAUAAGGAAGCCGAACAGCGCCAGAUUUUGUUCAAGAUCAGAACAAUAUUGCCGAUUGUGAUAAACAAAGAGGACUUUCUACCGAAGAAGAUUUGCGAGCGCUGCGUCAGCAACAUCGAACAGUUCUUUGAAUGGAGAUCGAAUUGCGUGCAAACCGAUGCCAUUUUGCGCAACUACGCUGAUUCAAUGCGAGUCGUAACAGCAACGAUUAAUUUUCAGGACGGUACCGUAAAUAUCGAUAAGAUGACACCAGCGCAGAAAAAUGCGUACCUAGAAGCGCACAUGGCAGUGCAGCAACAGAUGAUGCAAGCGGCUCAGCAGCUACAUCAACAACAGAUGCAACAACAACAACAGCAGCAGCAGCAACAACAACAACAGCAGCAGCAGCAACAACAGCAACAGCAAUCACAACAGCAACAUCAACAGCAAUUGAAUAUUCCGAGUCAUCACGUUUCAUCGCGAUCAGCAAAAAAAUCCAAGCCAAACAAUCACGAUAGUCAGCAAGUACAAUUUCACCAUCAACAAGUACAGCAACAACAUGUUGUACAAGUUCCUCUGCAGCAGCAGCAGCAACAACAACAACAACAGCAGCAGCAGCAUAGUCAUCAACAGUCGACCAGUUCCGUAUCGAUUGCAACUAGCAGCGGUCCCAUCAGUAUAACUCAUUAUGCGAAUACCAUCAAGGUCCCACAGAUCAACCCUAGCUCAAUAUCAAACUCCACCAAUACCAGCACCACCGGCGGUGACAGUAGUACCUUUACUGUCCCGGAUGACGUCGGUAUGGGUUUUGAAGGUGGAGUACGCGUUCUUCAAAGUUUGGGGAAUUGGUCUCCGGAGAUUCCUCCAAACAUUCCCCGGCCAAACCUUAUUCCUUUCACAGAACCGUACGCCGAGGGUGGCUCAAUGCAUCCUGGAACGAGACUGAAAGCAUUGCAACAGGUUCAGCAGUCGUCCUCGAAAAAGAGUACCGCGAAACCCAAAGCGACCGUGAACAACAAUAAUACGGGUCCACCGAAGCCAGUGUUCGAGUGUACGAUUUGUGGGAAGGGUCUUGCUCGGAAGGAUAAACUGACCAUCCACAUGCGGAUUCAUACCGGCGAGAAACCCUACAUCUGCGAGGUUUGUGACAGAGCGUUCGCACGACGAGAUAAGCUGGUGAUUCACAUGAACAAGUUUAAGCAUGUUACGCCGACGAAUAUCGCACCAUUGGGCAAACGCCAAAAUCGUACGCCAACGUUAGUGAAAAAGGAAGACUCCAAGAGCGAAGACAAUAAACCCAUACUGAUAGACCACCAUGCCUUAGCGACACAAACCUUGACCACGGUGGUCAACAGCAUUUCAGCUCAACAGCAGAGUCAACAAUCGGCGCAACUCGCAACGCAGGUGUCGGGAACGCAAUCCGGUCAGCACGGACCACAGCAAACUAGCAGUUCUGCCGGAAUCUCCGGGUUGAGUAUUUCGCAGCAGCAACAGCAACAGCAGCACCAUCAUCACCAGCUUUCGUGGACCUGCGAACUCUGCGGACGGAUGUUCCCCACACGAGAGGAGUGGACACUGCACGCCAAGAGUCAUCUAGAAUAUUGACAGCAACCUAGCGGUACCGCAGUGGGAACAACUGGUAAUGCGGAUGCCAAUAACGGGAGUAGGGAAAAACAACUUCAAUCAACGCAGACUGUGUCUUUGAAUCAGGCUUUCUACAGUAGCACCUCCGGCGAUACUCAUCCCGUCACGCAUAACAUUAUCGUGCAGCAACCGCAGAACAGUGCAAACUAUUGUUUCCUCUGCCGGCAGGACUGUGGCACUCAAGCGGAAUUCGCUGCCCACAUCCGCGGUCACUUCGUGGAUGGGAAGAUCUCCGCCACAACGGUCGAUUCGGCAACACUGUUCACGAGGCACAUCGAUGUCAACAGCAGUGGGUAAACUGACGACUGACCACUCUUUGAGAGGGAGUCUAUGGCUUAAACGGGUUAGAAUGAGAUUAUUUUCGGCUUUAAGUUCAGGUUGAUUACCGGUUGUCGGGAAAAUGUUAAACAUUAACCCGAGCCAAUGGUCAAUUGUUGUGAGUUUAUUUUGUUUAUCGUUUUUUGGAAUGCUAAGCAACCAAUCGCUAUUUCAAAUUCAACUACAUAUCGAUUUGUACAGUAAUUUGUCGGGUAUUAGUUACGUUAGAUGAAUUAUUUUGUUAGUUGGUUUUUUUUAUAUUGUAGUUUGUAAGAAAUUUGUCCGAAUAGGAUCUUCGAAAGAUCAACGAUAUUGCUACGAGCAAUGAAUGUAAAUUUCUUGUAACUAAAUCAAAAGUAGUAUAUUGAGCAAAAUAAAGCAAAUCAAGUGAUUUAAUCAACAAAACCGCAU